CAUCAUUCCAUGUAAGUGGCUUUGCAUAUGCAAUAACCGAGGCGGGCGACAAAGUUGUUAAUGGUUUCUCAUUAUGGGUGUCACAAGAAACAACCGAGAGCUGUUUUUCAAUGGCCUAAUUGAUGAUCAACUAGAGUUGUCCCCUGAGGAGGCUGAGGAAGAAACAGCAGCACAAGAACAGAAACCUAAGAAACACGGGAAGAGCCGCUCUCGUAGCUACAAAAUGAGAGAUUACACUGAUGUGCACUCUAUGGACACAGGGGGCAGGCGCAAGCUGAAUGUCAAACAGGCGAGAAGGGUGGAAAACUUACGCAGCAUUUUAGGCUUGGUGGAAAAGGAAGAUCUGGAGUUUGACUUAAGCAGUAUCUUUGAACCCAGCAUGUCUGUGUUUGCCGAGUUGUUCAUGGAGAGAGAAAAGAUGAAGGCCUGGAACAAUUUCCUCAACAGCUCUGAGGAAGAGCAGCAGGCCAUCAUCCGUGAGGGAAGUGGUCGGAGAGCCAUGAAGAAGAUGACAGUGGAGGGGAAAUCUUCCUCUGACAACUCAGAGAGAUUGAGUAAUGAUAAAUGGGAGGAGAUACCAGAUAGUAGAGCCGGCCACCCAGCCUUUAGUGCUGAAGAAUGCUUUGCCAGGAUUGACGCUAAGUUUCGUACUCUGCUGCGGAAACGACAUCUUCCUAAGGGAACUUUGGCAGGUCUGGAGGCAGAUGUGGUGUCAUUUUUCUCCGAGUGGCCAUCGUCCGUCUAUGUGUCCGAGAUACCCAGUAGCUAUGAGAGGAUGUUACUUCAUGCCCUCUGUCAAUAUCUAGAUCUGUCCUCACGAAGUUAUGACCAUGAGGAAGUUCGACUAACUCAGGUGGAAAACAAACAUGAGACCUUUAACGCCCCAGAUGUGCCACUAACGCAGUACAUUGAGGAGUUGUCGUGACCAGAGGAAUCAGAAGAAUAUCUGUACCCAGUAAAAUGUUUAUCUGGUAACCUUGUGGUCCCAUCAUUGGUGAUCGUUGUCUGUUAUGAGCUGCCAGGAUAAAAGAAGGACGGUUUAACUUCUGCUAGGUAUCACUGUACAUAUGUAUUAAUACACAUAUACAUAAACCAAUAUUGAGUUGUUAUUUCACAUGUAGAUCCAGGAGCACUUUUAUUAUUUAGAACAUACUUGAUAAUGAUAUUCAAUUGAAUGCUUGGCAUUGGUUUUACAAUGCUGAAAUGUAUUAUCAGAUUCUUUUUUUUGUGUUAGAGAGUGUUUUAUUUUUAACAUAAGUUCAGCUCCCUGUAUAUUUGUUAUCUCAAGUGUUUACACUGUGAUACUCUAGAGGUAUAACAGCUAAAAUAUAACUAUUUUGUCUUUUUUUUUCAAUGUUUGGAUUUUCUGUUGAACAUUUGUCAUGUGAUUCUGAUGUAAAUGUCAAGGGGAUGACUAGACAGGUUUUAGCAGUUGUACUUAGAAAUAUCUGCCAUCAACCUGUGUAUGAUCGUUUUUACUGUCUCCAGUAUUUCCAUGAAUUGUCGUUGUAGGCAAAUUGUAAAAUAUUUUGAUAUUUACAAUCUAGUUGAUUUCAACUACACCUCAGUGUUGAGUGUAUUAACUCUUUACCUUUCAUUAUUACAUGUAGUGUACAUACAACAGCAAAUUGGUGUACUGUUGAGUUGAAAUUCACGUUUGUUUUCUAGGUUGUUGAGGGUUGUUAUGAAAUUAUUGCUGUAUGGAUUCAAUACAACUUUUCUUAAUAUUAAAACAAUUCAGCACAUUAUCUGAAAUAAAGUUUCUCGU